AUGUUCACAAUCCUGGCCGUUCUGGCCUGUUUGGUACAAGCUGCGACUCUGGCCACGCAGAUUGAGGCUCCCACUCCAAUCGAAGAGCGAGACAGUGCCUGUACCCACGGCCCUCUUACUCGUGCCUGCUGGAGCGACGGGUUCAGUAUCGCAACCGACUUCGACCUCAAGUUUCCGGUCACUGGCAACAUCGUGCAAUACAAUCUCGUAAUCACGAAUGGCACCUGUAACCCCGACGGGAAUGGUAAUCGACAAUGCUUCCUUGUGAAUGGACAGUAUCCAGGACCACAAAUCACAGCCAAUUGGGGAGAUCGACUGCAAGUCACCGUUCAGAACAAUCUUGCCGCCAACGGCACUAGCAUUCAUUGGCACGGUGUCCGUCAACUUGACAGCGUUGGAUCCGAUGGCGUGAGUGGCAUCACAGAGUGUCCCAUCGCUCCGGGGAUCAGCACGAAGUAUGACUUCUUGGUCACCCAAUUCGGAACAUCGUGGUACCACAGUCAUUUCAGUUCACAGUAUGGAGACGGGAUCAUUGGUCCUUUAGUAUUCAAUGGUCCCGCUUCGGCAAACUACGAUAUCGAUCUCGGGCCGUACGCCAUCAAUGAUUGGUUUUACAAGACCACGCCUCAGCUGGAGAAAAUCAUCCUCGACAACCUGCAGAGAAACGUCGGUCCACCUCCUGGUGAUACCAUCCUCAUAAAUGGUACCAACAAAAAUGCCAAAGGCGGUGGCAACUACAACCAGGUGAGACUGACCAAAGGCAAAAAAUAUCGCCUGCGGUUGAUCAACAUGUCCUUGGACAACUACAUCCGAGUCUCACUGGACAAGCAUGUCUUCCAAGUCAUCACAGCCGACUUCGUGCCCGUCAAACCGUUCUACACAGACUGGAUCUUGAUCAGUAUCGGGCAACGAUACGAUGUUGUCAUCUUUGCAAAUCAAACUGCAGGUAAUUACUGGUUUCGUGCCGAGCCAGCAACGGACUGUCGUAGCACCAACAACUUCCCCGGCCGAGCCAUUUUCUCCUAUGACAAUGUCACUGUCGCGACGCCGACAACUUCCGCCGCCAAUUUCGUCGCUGAUUGCAUUGAGCCUCUUCCAUCGCCGUUCUGGAAGCAGCCGGUCCCCAACGGAAACUUCUCAAGCAUUGCGAGCUCGCUGAAUGUCGGUCUCACAAGAGCACAGGCCGUACCCGGAGGCGAUACGGUGGUACUCUGGGCACUCAAUGCCUCCUCCAUGAAUGUGGCCUGGGAGAAACCCACGCUCUCAUACAUCAUGGAUGGGAACCCGAGCUACCCCCCACGUCUGAAUAUCAUCCCAAUUCUAUCAAAAGGAAAUUGGAACUACUGGCUGAUCCAACAAGCCUCUCAAGUCCCACCAAUCCCUCAUCCCGUCCACCUCCACGGACACGACUUCUUCGUCCUUGGACAAGGUUCCUCCAGGUUCGAUUCGAACACCGCGAACCUCAAUUGGCUCACGCCGCCACGUCGGGACACCGCAAGCGUCUACUCCAAUGGGUGGCUCGCGCUGGCUUUCACUUCGAAUAAUCCCGGAACAUGGUUGAUGCACUGCCACAUUGCAUGGCACAUUUCCGAAGGUCUCGGCGUGCAAUUCCUCGAGUCACCGUCCUCGAUCAUCCUGCCGAAUCGCACAAUGUAUCAGAAUCAGUGUGAUGCCUGGGCCAAAUACCAGGCGGGAAUGCCUUAUCCCAAGAUGGAUUCGGGGUUGUGA